CGGCUCGUAGUUCCGGUACACUCAAUCGGUGUGCGGCCGUCUUUCUUUGCCUUAAGAAAACGUUAACGUCUAAUUUAACUGAAGCUAGUCUGCCUUUGCGAUACACUACAGUCUCUUGGUUCAGUCCGGUGGGGCGGUUGAACGAUACUGGGUUCCGAGCCUUUUGUGUAUGUGCAUCAAAGUGAAUUUGCUAUUUGUCAGGGGUCGAGAUGGACAACAAUCAGCUGUCCAGAAAGAGCACGGACCGGUCCGACCUGGUUUCUGAGGACGGUAAAAACAGCAAGUCUGUCGUGUGCCAACGCUGCGGAUCCAAGGUGCUGUGCCCGGGGAUGGCUGUGUUUGCAGAGAAAGAGCUGUUCCUACCAUCCAUGCGGAAAAAGGGCGGCCUCAGCACCACAGAGGGCUCAGUGGACGGGGACACUCUGACCGCCCACUGGUUUGUGGACGACAUGUACACUUUUGAGAACGUUGGCUUCACUAACGACGUCGGGAGAAUCAAGUAUCUCAUCUGUGCAGAUUGUGAGAUUGGACCAAUUGGCUGGCACUGUUUGGAUGACAAGAAAAGUUUCUACGUCGCUGUGGAAAGGGUGAAUCACGCCUAGUCUGAAUGCAUGUGAAAGCUCACAAGACCUUUUUUAAAAAAAAAAAAAUAAAUGUGUUGGCGGGCUAUGCAUCUUUUCAUGCAUUUACUCCCAGCGUUGAACCUCAACCUAAUCCAACACACACAUACACAUAUACACUGUCAUGUGUACAUUGGUUAUAACAGGACUGUGUCACUUUCAUUCUCUUCCAUCACACUGACCGUAUGACCAUCCUGUUCUAAUAAAGAAAAUCUGUUCCAGUCAGAAUAA